UCUUUCAAUCAGUGACUGUAAUGACAGCUUUUAAAUACUGUACAGUCAUGUAGUUUUCACUCGAGUGUCAAAAGAAGUUCAUUCUCAUUUGCUUUGGGUUUGCAUUAUUACACUAAACAUUUGGCUAAAAUAUAAAUUAAAUUAGGCCAAAACUAAUCUUGAUUUGCUGCCACAUGUUUUCUUGUGCUUCUGAUCUUCUCUAUGUCAUUUCUUUGAGUCUUCACUGGUUCACUGGAUUGUCUGUGUCCUCUCACCUCUGUGAUGGGCUAGAGAGAUAACUUGGUUCUGUUUUUAUGACAGUCAAUUAAGUUUUAUGACACUCAUUUUACACAAUACUGGUACACUAUAUCUUAAUACAAACAGUACAUGUAAAGUAUGUGUAGUCUGAGCUCAAAUUCUAGUGUAUAUAUACAAAUGAGCCUCAAGUGAAACACUUCACCUCCACAUCAAGAGUAGGAUUCCAAAACACAGGAAUAUUACCUAGGAAGAAUGGAACCAAGAGUGCUAGAUGAGAAGCCUCCAGCAGAACACAAAGUUGAUGCACCUCCUACUGAAGGAACAGAGUCCAGCAAGGAUGUUCCGACUCGCAAGAUCAAUGGCCAUGUUUUUCCUUACUACAAAGUGACAAUGGAUGAUGGAACUCCAUGUGAUUUGCUUAACAAUAAACCUCGAGUGACAAGUGUUCUGUACAUGUGUGCUCCAAGAUCAAGUAAUGAGAUUGUUUCUGUAAAGGAAGUACAAACAUGUCAGUAUGAAGUGGAAGUGUUCACGCCAUUGAUUUGCGCUAACCCAGCAUACAGUUAUCGCGAUAAGCCUGUUCGUCACAUCAGUUGUCACUCUUUAGACGGUUCUCCAGACGAGCCCCGAAGUUAUUCUGCACUAAUGGAAGAAAAAUUUGGAUUAGAAGGAUUUGUGUUUAGAGAGGUCCCAGAGGAAGAUCACAGCACACCAGCUCCAAACGAUGGACACAGAGACAUGCCCCCUCAGCCAGAUCACGGUCUAACCUCUUCCUUCCUGCGAGGAGAUUACUGUCUAGUUGGGGGUGGCUCCGGUUGGUGGAAAUAUGAAUUUUGUUAUGGGAAGCAUGUUAUGCAGUUUCAUAAAGAGGAUCGUGGACCCAGGUUGAACAUUCUCCUUGGAAAAUGGGUCAAAGAGGCUCAUAUUAACUGGAAAAAGGAGAAAUAUACAGGUCAAACAGGCUACACUGAUCAUUUCUAUAGCGCUGGAGAUGUUUGCGACUUAACAGGAAAACCUAGACACGUCCAAGUUAGGUUAAAAUGUAAAGAGUCGAAUCAUUUACAAGAAUUCGCCCUUUCAUUAACAGAGCCCAGCGCUUGUGAAUAUGUUCUAAGGGUCGAAUCUCCAAUUAUUUGUCCUUUACUGCAAAAAUUGGAUGAGGAUGGCUUAUUUCAAGAGGAAGAAUCAUGAAAAAUUUCCUUACAACUUCACGGGUAUACAGCCUUAGUAUUAAGUGACGUUUUUAGCUAUUUAAUGGAAGGUUGUCGUGCUGUGUCCCUGUCUGCCUAAGAUAGCGUUCGGUGAAGAAAUUUUGUAAAACAUACCAGUUUAGAUAGACAAAACUUUUUUUAUCUAUUGAAGAGUUAAAGAUCACCUGGUUUUCUGUGGGUGAAAUGUUUCUAACUAAUGUAUAGUAAUGUGGUGCUCUGUUUUGAAACGAAUUGCAUCAUUGCUAGUCGCCGAAAGCCCGGUGACUGACGCUUCUUCGGCUUACCUUCGGUUUACCUUCGGUUUCCGUAUUAGUGACGUCAUUUCACAACAAAAUGAAGUAAUCAGUUCCAAAGUCAAAAAUGACACGGGCAAACGUCCUUCUAUAACCCUCUAUUUACGUCGUUUUAACGUGUCCAUAGCGUCAGUGUUAAACGGAACUUCGAAUGUGUAUCACUGAAUUUUAAAUUCCGCCUUCACAAAUCCACCCUCUUGGAUUUUAUUUUAAAAGUUGAUUAUGCCGUGAGAGUGUCAAUGCUAAAACUGAAGUGAACUCAACAAAAUAUCUGUGUAAGCAAUGUUGAAAAUGUUGAAAAAGUUUGGGCAUGAAUUAUAUUUUUAUUGAUAGGCCAUACACAUACGUAUCAAUUAUUCGACGAAAUAAAGCAAAAGCAAGGCUAGAUUUGACUUUGCUCUGAUACAGUCCUUGCUAUUUUACAAAUCUAAAUUAUUUGGUUAUCAUGCUAACUUCUUACUACCAUGACAUUGUCAACCCAGACCUCGUUUUCAUGACGAGGCUCGGUUCUAUUUCAAAGAACUAUGAAAUGGACUAUUGUGUGCUUGUAUGCUGGAGGCAGUAAGCAGUUGAGUGAGGUUUGAGACUCUCACUACAGCUAUAGUUUGUUAUUACUGAUUUAUAGUUCGUCCAGCAAGCUUGUGUUUCAUAGCUUUUAACAGCUAGCAAUUCAAAUUGAAAUGUAAAGCGCUCUUAGCUAGUAAUGUACGGGUGUAGAAUAUCAUUCACAGCAAUGGCACCGGUUACGGUAAUGCGCAUGCGCUGGGUAUUAUGUGUAGUUACUUAAUGAUUGGUCCGUCGACCAAUCAAAAGAAUGGGAGAAAAUAAAUGGUAGUAGUUAGAUUUCAUUGUUACAUCCAAUCCUCGCUUUAGUCCGAAACUAGUUAAAUGUAGUCUUGGUAAGUCAGUAAACCUUUAGUUUCUCAGGGUA